AUGAUAGUUGACGCAAAACCUCCCGUGCAUCAUUCGUUUGAUCUACCUACCGAUGCACCACCAGCAUACGAUGACAUUGGUCCCGCCAGCUCCGGUCAAGUAGUCUUCUCCGGCCCUCCACCUCCACCUCCUCCGCGGAACACUUCUCUUCUUCGCCCACGCACUCUUCGUUCAGCACCUCCGACUGGUCCCCGAGGCAUAAGCAAUACUACAUCGCCCUCUGCACCUUUUCUACCAGACAAGUCUCUCUCAAUCGAACGGCCGCCACCCGCAAGGCGUGACAAACUUGAGCCAGGUCCCUUAACUCCAAAGACUCAGGCCGAUGUAUGCGAAACAGUGUGCGGACUCAUCCGCGACGUCGUACAAGGCUCCUCAUCCGUGCGUUCCAGCGCCUUAGACGCAAUUGCCGUCCUCGAUAGUUGUGCAGCAGCAUGUGCAUCGCAUCAGCUCUCUCUGGCUCGCAUUCUGCAAGAGAAGAGUAUCGAGGGACACGCACCCUUAUACUGGGCUAUCGUAUCGCGUCCAAUAAGUAAUGAAGGCCCGAGAAAGGGCGACCACCGAGAAGAUGAUGCAUUCCUCGUGUCACUCAUCACUCGAGCGUCUCCUCUCAGACCGAUCGCGGUGUCAGAGCUGCGUUCUGCUUGCCUCGUCGCAUCGAGCAACGCACUCUUCCAACGAUUGCGCUCUGUACAUGGUGUAACCUCGAUUUCGGGUACAGACCGGAUGCUACUCGCCAAUACCAACGCAUCUUUGCCAAGUCAUGUAGGACGGUCUAGCCAGGGAAAGAAGUCUGAAAAGCAAGGUGGAAAGGAAGCCUCAUUCAUAUUUGGAGAUAUUGCAGAACUACGCGAGGGCGGGAAAAGUUCUGAUGCAGAAUGGUUUGGCGUAGAACUCAAGUUCAAGAUUUUUCAGCGCAGAAUGCGUGUUUCUGGAAACGUUUCUGUUGAGUUCAUUGCUCGAGGACGUCUAUGGCAACUACUUUUCUUCGUCGUACCUCCGCUUCCAUCCAAGGAUUCACCUCCAAAAUCCAACUCAUCUUCAACACCUUCAACACCAAGUAAUGUACCUCGAGCAGCAAUUGACGCAGCCCAUGCCCUUUCUGUACCACCAGGUUCGUGGGCCCUCUGUCUCGCACUCCUCGAAGGUAGCGCACAAUGCUACGCAGAAGCCCGUCUACUCGUCAACGAACCAUCUUCUGACUCGUCUAACGUCUGGCGAGAGCGAGAUUCACCUCCAGCCCCAGGUCGUUCUCACUCUGGUUCAAACACACCAACACUAGGUGCAACUCUACAACAUCCAAGACAAAGCUCUGAACCUCAACAACAAAGGUCCUCAAUGUUCUCCUCUCUCUUCACCAGACGGUCUGGAAGUGACAACACCCAACCCAAAUCUCACCAACCAAGACCACCAAUAAUGAUCUCCUUCUCAUCAGUCGGCUCCUCUCCACUCCUCGCCCUCCCCCCACUCUCGUCUUACUUCGCACAACUUGCCUCACCCGAACCAUUCCCAGACGAAGUCGACCUCUCAAUCAAUCCAGAGACGAAAACCCGCCCAAGUCGAGAAGAAAAACGCGCAGCACGUAAGGAAGUCAAGAAGGAACAUCGAGCUGAGUGUGGGAAGGAGACGAGAAAAGAGAAGGAAGAGCGCGCGAGAGUUGCUGAGACUGUGCUUGUUGCUGGGUUGGAAGAGGUUCCUUAUGAUAUGAAGAAGAGUAAAAAUAAGGAGAAUACAGCGGGUUGGUCUAAGGGUGGAGAGUUGAUGUAUGAGUAUGUAUUAUUCUCUUUGCUUUUACUUGGUUGA